AAUGGACUGGAGAUGAAAGAUUUUGAGGAAAGCAAUGAGGAAGAGAAAGAAUACUACUUUGAAGAUCCAUCCAACAUAGUGGUUUCUCGCAGUGAUGUCCCCGUGGCUGAGUUCCCAGAAUAUGUGAAAUUGUUGCAUCAAGAUAGAGAUCGCAAGCUGGAGGUCGAGUACAAGUCAUUGGAAAAGCUUCCUGCGGCAUCUACGGAAGCUGCAAAACUCGCCUGCAACAUCAGUCACAAUAGAUUCAGAAACAUCUUCCCCUAUGAUCACAGUAGGGUCCAGUUGAAGGGAAAUCCAGCAGUGGAGGGCUCUGACUACAUCAAUGCUUCAUUCAUUGAUGGCUACCCAGAGAAGAAGAAAGCUUACAUUGCCUCACAAGGUCCGACGGAGCUGACAGCCAACAGAUUCUGGGAGAUGGUGUGGGACUAUCAGAUCCCUACUCAUUGUCAUGCUCACUCGCUGCGU